GUGCUGGCGGUCUCCAUGCUUGCUGCCUGUCAUGCUAGCUACACACUUUGAUCUGCAAUGCCCUCCUCUGUGGCUGUUUUUCCCUGCAUCAGCUACAGGAAGCUCAUUCCCUGGUUGCUAGGGCAACCAAGGAGGAUGGCCCCCAGCGUGAUCUGGGGAAGCCUUGGGCUGCCUUUCAGCUCGUCGCUGUGCAGCAUGCCUCCUGACCCGCUGCUGGCUAGGAAGAGGAGGAGCCAACUCUGCAGAGGAGCUUUUCCAGGCCCAGUAUGGGUCCUGCUGCCCCGCUGCCCCAUCAUGAGACAGAGCUCCAGCGUUAGAGCUAGUGCUCCUCUCUCCCUCUGCUGGCCACUGCGCAGCUGUGACUCACUCUGCUCCAGUAGUAACAGGAGCACAGGCGGCAAGAUGUCAUCCUCUUCCUUCUCCUCCUCCUCCAACAACGAUGGACAAGGAAAGCCUAAAUCUAAAUCCCCUUUUCGCAAAAGGGGGAGCCUGCAAAGCACCACCAGCCCUGACCUGUGUGGUGCAUCUGGGCCCAAACCCCUCAAGCCCCAAAGAUCCCUUCCAGGGACGCCUGUUUCUCUCACACACUACCCAAUCGACCUGCGAACAUCCAUGGAGGAAAAGUACAAAGAGAUUGCCGAGGAGCUGUUCACUCGCAGCAUGACGGAGAGCGAGAUGCGGAGUGCUCCCUAUGAGUUCCCGGAGGACAGCCCCAUCGAACAGCUGGAAGAGCGACGGCACCGCCUAGAGAGGCAAAUCAGCCAGGACAUUAAGCUUGAGCCAGAGAUCUUGCGUCGUGCCAAACAGGACUUCAUGAAAAUCGACAGUGCUGCAGACCUAGAGCUAUUGAACGAGAAGAGUGUGGACACCGUUGACGAUGGCUUCAAGGAGGGGGGAAUGCCACUGGAGAGAGAGUAUCAGCGGGUUUCAAUAUCAGGAGAGGAAAAGUGCGGGGUGCCCUUCACUGACCUGGUAGAUGCUGCAAAGUGUGUGGUGAAGGCAUUAUUCAUCCGGGAGAAGUACAUAAAGAGAUCCAUGCAGUCCUUUUGUAAGACCACAGCUCACGCUCUGGAGGACCUCGGGAUGACGCCUCUGGAUCUGGCAGACUAUGAUGAUAUAGCUGAGACCCCUGUAGAUGCUGAUGCCCCAGUCCACCCACCUGUCUCAGAGACACACCCUUAUGACAAGGACCCCAAGAAUUUGCCAGCCGACACAGGAUAUGGUUGCAAGAUGGUGGGUGGGGUAGUCCAUGUCUACACCAAGAAAACCAACAUGGACAAAAGCUCAGAACUGGACCUGCCCUAUCCCGACCUGACGGAGUACAUUGGAGACAUGAAUGUGAUGAUGGCUCUCAUUAUCAACGGCCCAGUGAAGUCGUUCUGCUACCGCCGGCUGCAGUACCUGAGCUCUAAGUUCCAGAUGCACAUCCUCCUGAAUGAGAUGAAGGAGCUGGCGGCUCAGAAGAAAGUUCCACACAGAGACUUCUACAACAUACGAAAGGUGGACACUCACAUACACGCAUCAUCCUGCAUGAAUCAAAAGCACCUGCUGCGAUUCAUCAAGAGAGCCAUGAAGAAAUAUCCCGAGGAGAUCGUUCACAUUGAGCGUGGCCGUGGUCAGACCCUGAAGGAGGUUUUUGAGACUAUGAACCUGACUGCUUUUGACCUGAGUGUGGACACUCUCGACAUGCAUGCGGACCGCAACACGUUCCAUCGAUUUGACAAGUUCAAUUCCAAAUACAACCCCAUCGGAGAAUCCAUCCUCAGAGAGAUCUUCAUCAAGACCGACAACCACGUCGAAGGAAAAUAUUUCGCACACAUAGUCAAGGAGGUGAUGUUUGACUUGGAGGAGAGUAAGUACCAGAACUCAGAGCUACGUCUGUCCAUCUACGGUCGCUCCCGGGAUGAAUGGGAUAAGCUGGCUCAGUGGGCCGUGAAACAUCGAGUGUACUCUGAUAACGUGCGCUGGCUUAUCCAGAUCCCCCGUCUUUUUGACGUGUACCACACAAAGAAGCAGCUGGCCAAUUUCCAGGAGUUUUUGGAGAACGUCUUCAUGCCUCUGUUUGAAGUCACGAUCAACCCGCGCAGUCAUCCUGAGCUGCAUCUCUUCCUGGAGCAUGUGGUUGGCUUCGACAGCGUGGACGAUGAGUCCAAACCUGAGCACCACAUUUUCAAUCUUGACAGUCCGCUGCCAGCCAACUGGACAGAAGAAGACAACCCACCCUACUCCUACUACCUCUACUACACCUACGCCAACAUGACUGUGCUAAACCACCUGCGGAGGCGGAGAGGCUUCCACACGUUUGUCCUGCGACCUCACUGUGGAGAGGCGGGGCCGAUCCACCACCUGGUAUCAGGUUUCAUGUUGUCAGAGAACAUCUCCCACGGACUGCUGCUCAGAAAGGCCCCGGUGCUACAGUAUCUUUACUACCUGGCUCAGGUUGGCAUCGCCAUGUCACCACUGAGUAAUAACAGCCUGUUCCUCAGUUACCAUCGCAACCCGCUGCCAGAGUACCUGUCCAGGGGCCUCAUGAUCUCUCUGUCCACUGAUGAUCCUCUUCAGUUCCACUUCACCAAGGAGCCUCUCAUGGAGGAGUACAGCAUCGCUACUCAGGUGUGGAAACUGAGUUCCUGCGACAUGUGCGAGCUGGCGAGAAACAGUGUCCUCAUGAGUGGGUUUUCACACAAGGUCAAAAGCUACUGGUUGGGCCCAAAUUACGCCAAGGAGGGUCCUUUGAGCAACGACAUCCGUCGCACCAACGUCCCUGAUAUCCGCGUGGCGUACCGCAGCGAGACACUAUCUGAGGAGCUUCAGCUCAUCAUUCAGGCCGUGCGCACUGAAGAGCUGGACACGAUCGAUGAGGAGGACUCUCUGUCCAUGGGUCCUCUCCCGGGACUACGCUGAAAUCACAAUAACCAGGACUUGACCCGAAUCUCCCAACCUCGUCGUCCACCCAGCAUGACACUGAAGAGACGUGGUGCGAGAGUAAUUCUGUUGCAUCCCACAUACAAUAUAAACAUCACCAACCAUCACUAUAGAGGUAUGCCCUACAAAAGCCAAGGAUACAGUGCUGCGACACUACGACGUUCUUCGCUUCCGUGUGUUUGAGUCAUUUUUAGUUUGCAGGAAAUAAUUUCACCCCCAUAUUGUUAAAAUUCCAAAUUCAUAGUGUUUUCUCCAGCUCGUUUAUCUAACCCCUGUUUCUGCUGUUCUCUGUGACAUGUUCAGUGUCAGUCAGUCUAAUGAGAGGCAGCAGAGAUGAUCACCACCAGUGUUUCUUACUAAUGAUAAGCAGAGAAACACAAGCCAGAGACACUCCAGGGCAACAUUGUCCUUAUUUCUUAGACCAUAUGUUUGACUUUCCAUCCUUCCCUGCCAACAUCAUCAAAUGAUUCCUGUGAUUUAUUCCGUUAGUCAAAGAUAUAUUUUGAUUCAUCCGACAUGUUAUGUAGCAUGUAGUAUCUCUGUAGUGUCUGAGCACUACAGAAACACUGACAACCAGCACAUUUAAACUUUCCUCACAGCAAACCUGCUCUGAACGUCGCUUAUCUUCAACUACACAGUCAUGCUGCUUAACUAAACUUAGUGCUUCUAUCAUCUUCAUUCUACAAACUUAUAAUGGAGUACAGAUGCAGUUUUAUUGGAAAAAAACAGGCGAAGGUUUGACGUACACACAACCACCUUUGACAGUUUAAUGUUUUAAGCUACUUCAGAGCAGGUUAAGCUCGGAUAUGUACAGUAACUAAAUUAGAAGAGAGCGUAACUUCUGUCUGAAUGCUGCUGCGCUGGAUAUCAACCAUGCGUGGUGUGGUUUCAGAUCAUUUAUUUGCCGGAUUGCACAAACAGAAUUGUUCUUCCGUGAUUUUUAAUGAGCUCAGAAACUGAAACAAAAGAGAGAAACUCCACAGCCAUCGAGCGAGGAAAGGAGCAAGACUUCCUGUGCUCGACUGUAAACAUUCCACAAAACAAACACUCGUCGUUAGCUGCAAAAAUCCAGUUAAUGUCGAAAAUCGUCUUUAUACUUGGCUAGAUAGUAUAUUGGGAAAUGGGAAUUGUAGAUUUGAGUUUCAGCACAAAUAAGUGUGGAUAGGUUUCGCAUCGUGCGAGGAGAAUGCCCUUACCGUUACCUCACUGGACCCUCUGUCCUUCCUUUGGUCCCUGAUUCCACUCAUUCCUUCUCUUACAGACAAACCAGAAAGUUGCGGAGUUUUUUCCCCCUUGCAUGCCGAGCACUGUACAUAUGCACCAAGCCAAGUCUUCACAGUGCCUUUCCAUUUUUAGCUUUGGGCUAAAAAUGCCCAGUCAUCACCUGUAUUGCAUAUUUUUCCUCCCUUACGUACAGUAGGCCUCUAUACUGUAUCCACGCACAUGGAACUGAAACCACCUGGCUGCAUGCUCGGUAUAAGAUAGCUUUUUACCUUUUGAGGAGGAAACUGAUUUGUUUCUAGUUCUCUGCUUCAAAGUGCUUUUUUUGCAUGCCUGCACGAGUAAUGGAUGGCAGGAGAGAAUGGGUUCUUUACAGCAAGCUGUAACGUAAAGCAUUACUAAUUCAGGGCUGCCGACCAGCUUUCCAGUCAUAAAUCUGUUUGCAGUAAACAGAUUUAAACUCAGCAUUGUUCACCAUGUAGAAACGAGCAAACCAUGCUGGGACGUGGUUAAGAUUGUUGCAUGGUUCUUGUAGCAUUUUGUGUUUUUUUAAAACUCGCCCCAAAACUGAUGAAAGCUGGGAUCACAUUUUGUAUUCACUCAUCACGUUAUCACACCACUCUACCUGCCACUGGACACGGUCCGUCUUCCCAUCAAACUGUGAGCGUUCUUCUUAUACCUAGAUGCUACUGUCCAGUAAUAUUUGAAUCAGACAACGUCAGCCUUUAUUUGAAUAACACUGUAAUGUAUCAGUACGUAUACAUGUUUUGUUUUAAAGACGAUUAGGAUGAAAGAUGAGAACCUGUAUUUGUUCAGCGAGAAUAUACAGUAGCUUCUAAGUGUUCAAGAGCUGUGUGCUGAACACGGGGAAAUGUGCGUGCUUGUUGGAUUUCAUGUAUAAAAUGUAUUUUUUUAAAGGGGAUAUAGAGAUAAGAAAUUUUAUAUUCACAGUAUAUUGAUGUCAAGGUUUAACAGUUUUUUUGCCAUUGAUCAUUGUGAAUUAGCAUUAUGUCAUGAAAAUAGAGGGGUUUUUUUUUUAAUACAGUUUGGUUGUUAGCCUUUUAAAUUUGUUGAUCAGACGCCAUAUAUGAAUGUCUGUUCUGCCUUUUUAAUAGAGUAGCUGUUGUUCCUCACACUUUGUUCAGUUAUUCCUGAUCGUUCUCAGUUCAUUAUUACAGCAGUUAUUGCGCCCCGAUACAUACUGUAAGUAAAUAAUAGAUACCUCUUACUUUGAAGCCAAAAGUUGUCUCUACAGUAGACAGGCAGACAUCUACCUACACACACAUACUCUUGUACUUCUGUCUUUGUGAGGAUCCUCAUUGACAUGAUAAGUCCCUCCAGGAUGUUGCAGGCUGUUUCUGGGAUUGUUGCCAGAAAAAUUUUAUGGCAGCUUUCCUAAAAAAUUGUGAUGCAACAGUGUUGUGCUGUCUCUGAAUCUUUGCCCGUUUUUAUAAGCGUUCUGUGGGAAACGCUCAGUACUCACAAUAAUGAGACUGUGUUGUGUUAGCUGUGUGAAGCUAACAGUUAGCCCUGUCACUAGCCUUAUGAUAAACAAGAGAGAGUGCAAGAGUAAGAGAGAGGAGUUGGGCAAAUCAAAAUUAUUUGCGCAGCUCUACAGUGAAAUUAGGUUUCACCUGUUUUAAAUUAUCAGAUUUGUGGUGAUUGUACAAAAUUGCAAGGUCGUGCAGAAUUCACAGAGAUUGGCUGAAUUUGCGUUAUUUGUUUCAACUGCAACAUCCUGGAGAGACUACUUAAUGCAUUCUCUAGCCCCUUACUGUAUCUUUAACCAUCACAACUAAAUGUCUAACCCCAACCCUACCCUCAACCUAAUUGUAACCUGAACCUUAAAAACAAGUCUUACACUGAAGAAGUCAGGACUGGCCAAAAUGUCCUCACUUUUCAAAGUGUCCUCACUCUGUUGGUUAAAAACACAUUUGGGUCCUCACUACGCAGCAAGUAGAACACACACACUCGCACAAACUAACUCUUAUUUUUAAGUCACAGUAUUUGAGUUGUUUUUUUUGUUAGUUUGAAAGACUAAUUUCAGCCACUGAUCUUCACUUUUGUGUGUUCAAUAGCAUCAGUCCACAGACUGAAGCACCAAGUUUAAUUAUGUCCAUGUAGUGCAGCUUCAGUGUGUUUUUGGCCUUUCCUGGCAUUAAUGUUUAACGACCCUCUUAUUGACUCUUUAGUAAUGUAAUUAAGGGAGCAAGUGUUUGACGACUACACACCCUGCCGUGGGACGUUAUCACUGAGAAACAGUCAGAAUCUAGACUGACCUUGACCUUUUCCAUCCAUUUAGUUUUCAUACAUUGAGCUUUACAACCUGUCGUUUACUGUAUUUACUGUACGUCCUCAUCAUGGUUUCAUGUUGUCUCCAACAGUCACCACAGAGCCACUCACAACAUAGUGCAGCCUACCUCACUAAUACUAAUCUCCGAUAGCCGUCAUGUUGCUGCUCUGUGUUGUCGUCAGCAACAGCACACCACAACUAAUGAUACUGUUCACUAUUGAUUAAUCCACUGACCCUUUACUGGAUUAAUCGAUUUUUUGCUCUGUAAAUGUCAGAAAAAUGAGAAACCUGCCCAUCAUGAUUCCCCAUAGUGCAACACAUCUUCACAUUUGAGGAGCUCGAACCAGAACAUGUCAUUUUUAUUUUGUCAAUCAUCACAAUUGUUGCUAAUCAUUCUUUUGACAAUCAACUAAUCGAUUAAUUACAGUAAAUGAUGGCGCAUGAGACAUGAUUCACAAGAGACAGAACAGCAUUUAAAGGUACUGUUUUCUCUGAGCAGUAACACAACACAAAAACAUAACCGUUAAUCAAUUAUAUGCUCUGCAGUAUUCACAGAUUUAUACUUCACACUGAUUUGUUUACUUGUUUAUGUACUAACUUCUGCGUGCAUUAAUUACAAAUAUUCUGAUACUCACACUCGAUAUGUUUAUGUUCAGUUGUUGUUUAUCAUAAAGUAUCUUUGUUUUUACACAAUCUUGUAAUUUUUUUUUGACAUGGGAUUUGUUCUAAUUUUGUGUCCAUUGAUCUGUAGCCAUAUUAUUGCCUGAGAUGGAUUGCCAGUGUUAAACAGAUUCAGAUGCCUCUGAUAAGGUUCAUGUUUAAUGUCUCUACAAUUAAAUAAAGCAUGUUUAUUCACUAAAACCU